GGAUCCCUAUCAGGAAGAAGACUGGCCCCAGGGGUUUGGUCAACUAACCAAGGAGGGGAUGCUACAGCACUGGGAGCUGGGCCAGGCUCUGCGACAGCGCUACCGUGGCUUUCUAAACACCUCUUACCACCGGCAAGAGGACAAGACAUAUAAGAGCUGUCUGGAACAUAGCCUGGAAGCUGAGUUGCCCCUGCUUGGCUGGGAAGAGGCAAAACUGAUCAAGCAUCCAAACUCAGACUUAAGGAAGUGGUUUAUACUUUUUGAAAUAACAGGCUUUCCAUUUGAGACAUUUACUGAGUACCUGUUAAGGGCCAAACCUGUGCUAGCACUUUGCACACUUUGCACCACCCAGAGGUGAUCUCUUUCAUCACAGAGCUUAGAAUGUAGUGAGGAUGUCAGAUGAUUAAACCAAACAGGGCCCAGAUAAAGAGUAGCAGGGAAUACAAUAUGUAAAUAGGGCACAUCAGGGAAGACUGGCAAGUGUACUGGAUCCUUGAAGUCCUCUCUGCACCCCAGGGAUGGGGAUAGCUGUUCCUCUGGUUACCACUCUCACUCACAACUGUCUCAAGAGUCCCUAGAUGUUAUUGUUCCCUUGAGGCCCAUCUCUGUCAUGAACUUGUCCUUUCCCACUUUCCUCCUCCCUUUUCACAAGUGACUAUCUCUACUGUUUAUGUUUUCUCCGUAGUCCUAAGCCAAUUUGAAAAGGGGGGUUGAGGAGUGACUGGGGGGCAGUGUCUGCUCUCAAGAACCUUGGUCUAAAUAGGGAGAUAGGCUUUAUUAUAAAAUCUGGCAGACAGACCAGAAAGCCUUGCUGACUGCGCACUUUGGCUGAGAGGAAGGGGCAUGUGAGCUAGUGCCAUUCCCAAAGCAGUUUGGAAUGGUGACAACCCCAGUGGAGUGUUGGGGCCUUUGAGAGACGGAGAACACCAAAGAGAUUAGGAGGGCCAGAUGCAUGGUGGGUUUACAAGUUUGCUAGGUAACCUUUUAGAACAGGUUCUCCCCCUGGGCUCCAAUGAGGGGCCAAAGAAAGCACCUCCCCAAACACACACAAACAAGUAAGGCUUGUGUUGCCAUCUCUGCAGGUCUAUGUGCGAAGUACAGACUUUGACCGUACUCUCAUGAGUGCUGAGGCCAACCUGGCUGGACUCUUCCCUCCCAACGGGAUGCAGCGUUUCAACCCAAACAUCUCAUGGCAGCCUAUACCUGUGCACACUGUGCCCAUCACUGAGGACAGGCUACUGAAGUUCCCGUUGGGCCCAUGUCCCCGCUAUGAGCAACUGCAGAAUGAGACCCGGUGGACACCAGAGUAUCAGAACGAGAGCACUCAGAAUGCACAAUUUCUAGACAUGGUGGCUAAUGAGACAGGGCUCACAGACCUGACACUGGAGACUGUCUGGAACGUCUAUGACACACUCUUCUGUGAGCAAACACAUGGGCUGCUCCUGCCGCCCUGGGCCUCACCCCAAACCAUGAAGCGUCUGAGCCAGCUAAAGGACUUCAGCUUCCGCUUCCUCUUCGGGAUCUAUGAGCAGGCGGAGAAGGCCCGGCUUCAGGGGGGAGUCCUGCUGGCUCAGAUACGGAAGAACCUGACCCUAAUGGCAACCACCUCCCAACUCCCUAAGCUGCUGGUUUACUCUGCGCACGACACUACCCUGGUCGCUCUGCAAAUGGCACUGGAUGUCUACAAUGGUGAACAAGCCCCCUAUGCCUCCUGCCACAUAUUUGAACUGUACCAGGAAGAUAAUGGGAAUUUCUCAGUGGAGAUGUACUUUCGGAACGAGAGUGAGAAGGCCCCUUGGCCGCUGAUCCUGCCUGGCUGCCCUCAUCGCUGCCCACUGCAGGACUUCCUUCGCCUCACAGAGCCUGUUGUUCCCAAGGAUUGGCAGCAGGAGUGCCAGCUGGUGAGCGGGCCUGCAGACACAGAGGUGAUCGUGGCCUUGGCUGUGUGUGGCUCCAUCCUCUUCCUUCUCAUAGUGCUGCUCCUCACCGUCCUCUUCCGGAUGCAGGCCCAGCCUCCUGGCUACCGCCACGUCGCAGACGGGGAGGACCAUGCCUGACAACCACUCAGCCCGCUUCCCUCUGCCUCCUAGGGGAGGUGGGCUGGGCCCUUGCUCCUGACUGUUGCUGCUCCCCAGCCAUGGACAGGAGACCCUAGGCUGGGCCUCCCUCUCAUCACCCUGGCCAGAUGAGUGAGUGGGGCUCAGCUUGGCCAUGGCACCUGUCACUCAGCAUUCACACACCUGAUGUUUACCAAGUACUGUGUUGGACACUGGCUUUCUCCAAACAGGAUUUGCCUUCUCUAUGCUCCCUAAGCACCUGAGAUGUAAACAGAAAUUCAGUUUACAGGACCUGGGAUAAAGAAACUGACGGAGUGGUGCUUGAUCCACCUUGUUCUUC